AUGCGGGUGGGAGCCGUACUGACCGGAGCGAGACGAACUUCGCUUCGGAUCAGCAAGAUGAUGAAAGGCAAGGCUUUCGAGAGGGCCUUUGUGGUCUCGUGUCUGGGAGCUGAUGCCGCCGGCCAGGGCAACAGGCACGAGAUGCAUCCACUUGGCUUCUUGUCCAAAGUGUUACCGUCGCUCUCAUCGGAUGUUUCCAUCGGUCGCUUCGGUCGCUUCGGGUCGCUCGGAACUCGGAAGACUGGCGCAGGGCACUUCCACGGUGCCGCGGAGCUCAAACUCGGGCCUCAUGCUCGGGCCUCGGCGGCCUCUUUGCUCCGACUGGCUGCGAGUGCCUUGAGUCUGGAGGCCUUGGAGCAGGAGGCUGUUGGGCACGGCAUAGCAAUUGCGCGAGGCGCCAUUUCUUUGGAUGCAAACGUUGCUUGCAUCUUCUCCGAGGUGUUUGGAAUUCUCAGCGAUGCGCAGCAACCCGGCUGCUUAGCCGUGGGGGUUCUGCUUCCGGUAAAUCAACUCCAAUAUCACAUUUGCAGGCAUUUCGGCUCAGCAGGAAUCUCGUUUCAACUCCUGGCUUCGAAUUCGCGGUGCCUGGCGCCCCAGAACGAGUUCUACGAUGACAGCGGCCUGUUGGGUGAGGACAUACAGCAGGUGUUCACGCCGCAGGUGAUAAUGCAGCUUUGCAACCAGGCAUGGCUCAAAGAAAAGCAUCUCUUCUGCAUCUACCGUGCAAGUCUCAAAAAGGAGACGCAUGUAGAAGCGCAAGAGGCAAGAGUGUGA